ACACGCGUGGCUGUGAAGCAGCCUGCUGGGUUGUUUGCCGGCCUGUAACAUCCUCACCUGUAGAUAAUCCCGACACGAAGCUGAAGCGCUGACCUGCAACAUGUGUUCAUGGAGCUGUUGUAGGGAAACCUGAUAUUUCAGCUGAUUCACGCCAGCCAGCGGGGGGCGGGAGCGCGCAGGUUGCCAGUCUCGCUCGUGCACGACGACCCAAACACUGGACCACCACCAUCACCGCAGCAGGACGCGCAGCUCACCACCCUCCCCUCGCCCACCCGCACCUGUUUAAACCCCACCUGCCGAGCCCCAGCCCGGCAUGAUGGCGGAUGGAGAAACGCUCGCAGCCGAGGAUCACGGCGGCCCGGCGCUGCGGGACUACCGGCGGCCGACCCGGCUGUACUGCAUGAACGGCGGAUACCACCUGCAGGUCCUGGCCGACGGCUCGGUGUGGGGCCAGAGGGACGAAGGGGACGUUCACACUGUGUUAAAGCUCAAAGCUGUGGCCAGAGGCGUUGUGGUUAUCCUGGGAGCAGCGGCGGAGCGAUACCUGGCCAUGAGUGCUGAGGGCCGUCUGUACGCCUCAGCCACAGUAAACGACGAGUGCUACUUCCUGGAGAAGCUGGAGGAGAACCACUACAACACGUACCAGUCUCAGAAAUACCAGGACAGCAACUGGUACGUCGGCCUGAAGAAAAACGGCAGGACUAAGCUGGGCCCCAGGACCCACAUCGGACAGAAGGCCGUCUUCUUCAUCCCCAGACAGCUGGAGGUCUCCCAGGACUGAAGACAGCGGGGCAUUUAACGCAGGAGCCUCUCCAGUGAGGAGACGUGAGGAAGUGAUGCAGGACCGGCUGACCUCUAGAGCUCGUCUUUAACGUGAAUGAAGCCGCAUCCUUCGCCUUCUUUUGACGACUAACACGUGAGCGGCCUUCCCGAAGUAGCUAUCCAACUAACAGCUAAUGGAAAAACAAAAAAAAACAAAAAACAUUUUAACCCCAGAAUUUGAAUAUCAGAUGAGAGCGCAAUCAAUAAAUCAUGUAUGGCCUGCAUAGAGGGAAGUCCCUCCCUGAGAGUUAUCCAGCAGAAAGUGGUUGACACCCUCAGCAAGGAGGGCCAACCGCAAAACUUCAUUGCGAAAGAAGGGUUAGAGCGUUUUGCGUGAAAAGUUGAGUGGAAGGAAAAAGUGUGACGGGGACUACCAAAGCCUUCAGGCCAGCGGCCUCAAACUCCAGCCUUCGAGGGCUGAUGCGUUUAGAUGCGUCUCUGCUUCAACACACCGGCCCCCAACAUCAGCAGAGCUCUGUAGAGCUUCAUUGCCUGCUAGUGAGCCAGUUUGGCCUCUUGGUUUAGAGCAAGGGUCAUGUUUAAAAGGUCGCAGGACCCUGGCCCUGGAGGAUUGCAGUUUUAGACCACUUGCCUUUCAAGACUCUAAAAGAGAUUUGCAGCCUGUGCACUACAGCUGUAUUUAUCGGCCCUUCUGUUCAGCAGCUCCUGAACCGGGAGCCUUAGCAGAAGCGUCAUUCCAGCGCUCAGGUGAAACGACGACGGUCCAAAGUCCUCUUUUCAGAUGAAAAACUUAUUUAACCUGGAAAUCCCAGUCCCAGAUCCUGGAGGUCUGCAGAGGCACCAAGUCCACGUUGCUUGAAGUCCAGUUUGAUCAGGCUUCCAGUCACUGUAGCAAUCUACCGGGACAUUUUAGGGAACCUCGUGAUUCCCUCUGCUGAUGAGCUAUAUUGAGAUGUCAGUGUGUUUUUACGCAGGAGCCGGCAUCGGCCCAGACUGCUGCUUUAAUGACCCAUCACUGUGUUUGAUUGGCCAACAAACGGACCGGACCUGGACCUCAAUCUACGGAGGGUUUUCAGGAGCAGGAUGAGACAAACCAGACCCAGCAGUGCCGAAAAAGCUGAAGCAAACCUUGUCCUGCUGCAGUAAAUCAUGCAAAAGGAGCCCCAGCCACAUAUUCUGUGAAUUUACUUCUCAGUAGAUCAUGUCUUAAUCUCUCAUGUCUUAAUCUCUUGUAUUAAAAUCCUGCUAACGCUCUCAUGUAAUAUUCUGAUUCUCGUUAGACGUAAGCCAAAAAGCAGGUAACAAUCAAAUACUUGAAUUUUGUGCAUGCAAUACAUGUAUGUAUGGAACUGAUACCUUUUGACUGAUAUUCUGGCUGCUUGGAGAUGUAGCUUUAUGUAAAAAAAA